CAUAUACAGAACAGCCUUCCCAGAACGGCUUUCGGACAGCUACAAAUGGCGGCCGCACGGGACGCGGCGGCCUCUUAAACCCUAGCUCCGCCGCAGCAGCAGCCUCGCCCCCCGUCGCUCCGCCUCCGCUCCGCCUGCGGCCGCCGUCUCCGUCGCAGCUUGAUCCACAAGUAGCGGCUGGAUAUGUCAUGCCUAUCAAACCCUGUUGUGCCAUCGAUUCAAGCUACUCGUUGCUUCAGUUCUCUCUUGACAAACACUUGGUUGAAGUGCAGGAGUAAGAUUUCCAAAGGCGCUGGGUAUGGCAUUAGCUCUUAAAUCAACUUGCUUUGUUCAACUUAAGAGACCCAAAUCUUGCUAUGCUUUUCGGUCUUCGCGGCAACUAGCAGUUGUUUCUACCAGAAGAAGUACGACAAUGGCUGCUCUUAGCACUGUAGCGACAAUUGGCAUCUCUGAGACGUUUGCUAAAUUGAAGAAAGAAGGCAAGGUGGCAUUUAUUCCUUUCAUCACAGCUGGUGACCCUGACCUUUCAACGACCGCACAAGCUUUGAAGUUGCUUGACUCAUGUGGUUCAGAUAUAAUUGAGCUAGGUGUCCCGUAUUCUGAUCCUCUAGCAGAUGGUCCAGUAAUUCAGGCUGCAGCCACUCGAUCCUUGGCUAAGGGUACUAAUUUUGAUGCCGUUAUUUCCAUGUUGAAGGAGGUUGUUCCGCAAUUGACAUCCCCUGUUGCUUUAUUCACAUACUAUAACCCGAUUUUGAAGCGUGGAGUUGAGAAGUUCAUGUCCAUCGUAAACGAUGCAGGGGUUCAUGGGCUUGUAGUUCCUGAUGUUCCUUUGGAAGAGACUGAAAUCUUAAGAAAUGAAGCUCUUAAGUACAAUAUCGAACUGGUUUUACUUACUACACCUACUACUCCAACCAGCCGAAUGAAAGCGAUAGUUGAAGCCUCGGAAGGAUUUGUAUAUCUUGUGAGCUCUAUUGGAGUAACUGGGGCUCGAGGAUCUGUGAGUGCUCGUGUGGAAAAUCUCUUGCGGGAUAUUAAGGAGGCAACUACUAAACCCGUUGCUGUUGGCUUUGGCAUAUCGAAACCCGAGCAUGUGAAGCAGAUUGCGGAAUGGGGAGCUGAUGGCGUGAUUGUCGGGAGUGCAAUGGUGAAAGUGCUCGGUGAAGCCAAAUCUCCAGAAGAAGGGUUGAAGGAGCUAGAGAAUUUAACUAGAUCCUUGAAAUCUGCACUGAUUUGAGAGAGGGUUUGUUUGAUCUGACCGGCUUGUUAGCUCUUCAUUUCGGGCUUUUGGACACAACGGCAAUUGUUUAGAUCAAUCCGUCCGGGGUUCCUUUAUAAUUUUAUGUCAUAUGUUCGGUCGGAAUUUAUAGUGUCCUGUGCCGAGAACUCUUCCGAAUAAAUCAGACUUUUGGUGCCAGAAACAGGUUUUCACUGAACUGCAUUUUUCAGACUCUACUCUGAAGAGCAACCUUUCGCUUCUCAAAA